GACAUCUGCUUUGGAGGUCAUUGCUUGAUGCAAUAUAAAGUGCUCGACAUCUGCUGACAUUUCAUAAGAAUACAAUUUUUUUUUUUUUUGCAGCUGCAAGAGAGAAAGCAUGAACAUCAUUGGAUUUUCCCAGGGCAAGUGAUGCCAGUGACAUUUUGAUGAGACUCUUAAGAGAUUCUUCCUUUUAUGUUGCUUUUGCAUGUUCUCUCUAUUUUUCAUUUGAAGACUUCCAAACUCGCCAUGUGUAUCCAGAAGCUUGCUAGAGAAAAUUUCGUUCGUCGUUUACAAUACCUUCUUGAUACAGUUUCUGCUUUCUAAAACUGAGAAUACUUUUGCAAGGAAAAGUCAUCUUCAGGGAAAUCAAAUCUCCCAACAAGAAUAACAUGCAAGAAAGUGCCAUGGACUGACACCUAAGAUUGGCAUGUUAUCGAGCAUCCAAUCAGGGAAAUGGAAAACGAUUCUGCAUAUGAUUUGAGCAACUCAGUUGCAUGAGCCUGAUGAUCAGAGCUUCACAGGUGAUGUUGUUCUAGGCCAUCAUUGCCCCUCAGAUGAUCAGAAAUCGAAAUGGGUGCCCCCUCUUCUCUUGCGGCAUUUGAAGAAUCACUCAAGCACCUCCAAUCAGGAGACCAAACAGGGGAGCAAGAAGCCGCACCCACCCUCUUCCCCGGAGGAGUGCUCCUAGACCAGCACUACGCCAUUCCACCUCGAGACCUCAACCUCCUCCUCUUUGACCCCGCCUCAAGCUUCGUCCCCUCUCUCGUCGACCUCCAGGGCACUACUGAGUACGCAGAAGGCCCGUGGGAGCUCCAUGGAGGGACGCUCAAGAGAACCCUCAACUAUGUAAAGCCCGCCAAGUUCUUGAUCAAGUUCGUGAAGAUGGCGGAAGAGCAAACUUACAUCAAAGCAGACGAACAAUCAUACGCGGUUGUCAAGAGACUGACCGCUCCCGACGCCCCCUACGGCAACUCCAUCAGGACGGAGAUACUCGUCUACAUUACUGCUGGGCCUGAGACGCCCUCUGGGGAGGCGACCUCUCGCCUCGUGGUUUCAUGGCAGAUGAUCUUCCUCCAGAGGAUGCUGAUGAAGGGCAUGUUGGAGGGUGCAGCGAGGCAAGGUCUGAAGGAAGACGCCGAGAAGUUUGCGAAGCUGUUGGCGCAGACGGUUAAGCCGGUAGACGCGGAGGAGCUCUCGAGAGGCGGCGACGGGUCCGACAGAGAGAGGGCGCUGGCAGGGCUGGUGAGGGAAGACGAGACGGAUUGGAGGCUGGCAUGGCGGUUUCUUGGGAACUUCACGGUGGCGUCCGCGGUUGCUAUGGUGGUGCUCGUGACGGCACACGUCGCAAUGGCAGGGGAGAGAUCGAAGGAGGGGCUGGAGUUUGAUUGCUUGGACUUGCCGGAUUCCGCCGGAGAGGUGCUGUUCUCGGUGGUGCUGGUCGCUCAGGCUUGGUUUGCGCUCCAGAUGGUCUCUCGCUUCCUCAGGGCGAGAACCCAGAGAGAUGGUGAUCAUGGAGUCAAAGCACAGGGAGAAGGCUGGGUGCUUACUGUAGCUUUGAUUGAGGGAACCAAAUUAGCUGCUCUUGACUCAACCGGCUUUUCAGACCCAUAUGUUGUUUUCACAUGUGGUGGGAAAUCGAAGACAAGUUCAAUCAAGUUCCAAACAUUGAACCCUCAGUGGAAUGAAGUAUUUGAGUUUGACGCCAUGGAUGAUCCACCAUCUGUCAUGAACAUUGAAGUGUACGAUUCUGAUGGACAAUUUGAUGAAUCGAUAUGUCUUGGACGUGCAAAAAUCAAUUUCUUGAAGUCCAAUAUAGAAGAUUUAGCUGAUAUUUGGAUUCCAUUGAAAGGAAAAUUGGCUCAGUGUCACCAAUCAAAGCUGCAUCUGUGGGUUUUCUUGAGCAAUACAAAAGGCACUGAAGUUGCUAAAGAAUACAUCUCAAAGAUGGAGAAGCAGAUCGGCAAAAAGAUAAACCUAAGAUCACCUCAAUCAAACACAGCAUUCCAGAAACUCUUCGGGUUGCCAAUGGAGGAAUUUCUCAUCAACGAUUUUGCUUGUCAAUUGAAGCGCAAAAUGCCACUUCAGGGUCGCCUUUUCCUAUCAUCAAGAGUCAUAGGAUUUAACGCGAACUUGUUUGGCCAAAGGACUAAGUUCUUCUUCCUGUGGGAUGACAUCGAAGACGUUCAAGUGGUGGCUCCAUCAUUGGCAUCGGUCGGCAGUCCAUCAUUGAUGAUUAUCUUGCGAAAAGGCAGGGGAAUGGAUGCCAAACAUGGCGCCAAGACUCAACACGGAGAAGGCAGGCUGCGUUUCCACUUCCAGUCAUUCGUACCAUUCGAAGCUGCACACAAGACGAUCAUCGCAUUGUGGAAGUCGAGGUCUUUGACUGCAGAGCCUAUAGCGGAAGAACAAUCUGAUACGAAAAGCACCCACACCAAAGAAAAUGGAUGUUCUUCGGAUGUGGAGGAUGUAAUCAUGAAGAAGGUUUAUUCUUCUUUCCAUCCUAUCCAAGCAGACUUGUUAAUGGAGCUGUUUGGUGGUGGUCACGUGGAAAGAAAAGUGAUGGAGAAGGUUGGAUGUGUUAAUUCUUCACAUACAGCAUGGAAGCUGGUUAAGCCUGACAUAAACCAGAGGCGGCUGUCUUACAAGUUUGACAAACAUAUCUCUAAUCUUGAAGGAGACGUUAACAGCACACAACAGAUAUCAUUUCUUGCAGAUCGAAAGGCGUGGACUAUUGAAGACGUGAUGGCAUUCCAAGGCGUUCCACUUGGUGAUUGUUUCAAUCUCCAUCUGCGGUACCAAAUUGAGAAUGUGCCAACAAGAUCACGGACUUGCAACGUCCAAGUAUAUAUAGGUCUGCAAUGGCUGAAGAGCACAAGGCAACAAAAGAGAAUCUGUAACGACAUAGAAUUGAAGCUUGCAGACCUCCUAAAGGAAAUCUUUGCCACAGCCGAGGAGUUUCUACUGGCAAGGCCUAUAGAUCCUCUCUGUAAAUGAA